AUGGCGAAUGUUGCUACUGUGCCUUGCCAGUAUAAAACUGGUAGGACCCUAGGGCAAGGCACAUAUGCUGUGGUAAAAGAAGCCCAACAUGUUAAAACUGGUGAAUAUUACGCUGUAAAAGUCAUUAAUAAGAAAUUGAUGGAAGGUAGAGAACAUAUGGUUCGUAAUGAAAUUGCGGUUUUGAAAAGGAUUUCACAAGGGCAUCGAAAUAUUUUAACUUUAGUAGAUUAUUUUGAAACAUAUAACAAUUUGUAUUUGGUAACAGAUUAUGCAAAAGGAGGGGAAUUGUUCGACCGUAUUUGUGCAAAAAUGUAUUAUAAUGAGCGUGAUGCAGCUCAUAUCAUAAAAAGCGUAACGGAGGCCGUUUCUUAUCUUCACGAUAACGAUAUCGUUCACAGAGAUCUUAAGCCCGAAAAUCUUCUCUUCAGAACGACUGACGAGGAUUCCGAUCUUCUUAUCGCAGACUUCGGAUUAUCUAGGAUUAUCGAUUCCGAAAAGUUUCAUAUUCUCACCACCACAUGUGGUACACCUGGUUACAUGGCUCCCGAAAUUUUUAAGAAAUCUGGACAUGGAAAACCGGUUGACAUGUGGGCCAUUGGUGUGAUUACAUUCUUUUUAUUGUGUGGUUAUACACCCUUUGAUCACGAGUCCAGUAAGGAUGAAAUGCAUGCAAUUCUUAGAGGGGAUUAUAAAUUCGAACCCGUAGAACACUGGGCUGGAAUAACGGAUACAGGCAAAGAUUUUAUCGUGAGACUAUUAACUGUUGAUCCAGACGCUCGAAUGACUUCUCACGAAGCGCUUAACCAUUCAUGGCUGAACGAUCAUUUACCAAGUCCCAUGGAUGGACCAAAUCCUGACCUAUUGAAUAGUGUUCGUCAUAAUUUUAAUGCUCGUAGGACAUUUAAGAAGGCGGUGGAUGCCGUCAAGGUUAUUAAUAAUCUUACUCAUUCAAGAAAUGUCAGCUUAGCUGAUUUAUUAGAAACAUCUCGUAAAGAAGCUGAUGAAAAUGUAGAUCAUGUAUUAUAUGUUCAACAGACUCUAAACAUACCUUUUCCAUCUUCACAACUUGCAAAUAUUGCAGAAAAAGUCUUGAAGGUAGACAAAGAAUUAAAAACAGAACAGGUAGAAAGAAUAAUUACAGUAGAAGAAGAAGUUAAUUUAAUUAUAUUACGAAUAUCCGUUAAUUCAAUAUUAGAUAUGAUAAUUAUGAUAAUUAAAACUAUGGAUGCUUUUGAUGAAACGGAAUAA